AUGCGCGACGACGUUGAAUCGCCUGAAAAGCCGCCAUUCAUUUCGGCCAGGCACCACGAAGCUCAUCGCGAGCAACACCAACACGAACACGAUCACCGACAUCUUCACCACAACCACAAAGCACACGCGCGGCAGGUAGACACAUCCGUUGUCGUUGUUCCGUCAGUCGUUACCGAAGUCGUGGCCACAGUCUCUUAUCUUCAGCAGAUCGAUGUCGACUCCCAAGGCAGUACCUUUUCGGUUCUGACGGUGCUGGCCAGUUCCGCGCCAUCAUUGACAGACUCUUCUUCAACAUCACAGCCAUCGACAACUCCAGGAAGCCCAUCUUCGACCGGGUCUGCGUCUGGCGCUUCUUCGACCAUUAUCACACCACAGCUCCCUACGCAGUCACUCGUUUCUGCAUCACAAUCAUUAAAUUCCAGUUCAGCGACAACAUCUCUGACUUCCACUCCUUCAGUGCAACUCACAAGUAUUCCAUCUCUCAGUGCUAGCUCUAAUUCAACAACUUUAAUUUCAAGCUCCAGUAGCUUGUCUGCCGCCACUGUUUCCUCCAUAAACUUUUCCAAUUCCUCAAGCUCCUCCACGAUAUCUUCGACCGUAUUCUCCUCGAUCUCCUCGGUCUCAUCCGGCUCACUAUCAUCGCUCACAUAUGUCUCAUCAUCAAGUUCAGCGUCAAGUUUGAGCUCGACUUCUGGUUCGACAUCUAAGUCGACUUCAUCAUCUAGUGAAUGGUCCUCUGCUACCUCCUCGACUUCGUCUCGAUAUUCACCUAGUUCUUCAUCAUACCAAUCGACCUCGACGGGUACUGGCGGUAUUGGUGCUGGAGGAACAAGCGCAACUUCUGGAGGGACCCCGUCCAGUACUGCAGCUUCUGGAACUUCUUCUGGAUCGAAAUCCGUCACCCCUAAGGUUCUGGGAGGCGUCCUAGGCGGUCUUGCGGGUCUGGCUUUGAUUGGGCUUCUCUUGCUCCUUCUGAUAAAAUGGUGGAAACGAAAACAUUCGAUGUUACCCUUGGGCAAUGGGACUGAAGGUGCCGACCAAGUGCGUGAAGCACCCCCCGCUCCAUCUGGGCCUCCUGGUGGAAUGUCUCAGCGACGGUCUCUGGCUUUUGUAGUACCAGCUGCUCUGGCCACUCUAACUGGAAAGAACAAGAGGGCAUCUCAGAAGACAGUAGGAACAACUGCAACAGCAUCAUCAACAGCGGGAAGUGAACGAGGGUUCUAUCGGGUAUCAGGAAGAAAGCUACCAUCAGUACUCCAGACAGGUGGUGAUGGGUAUGGAGGAGGUGUGCAUGACAAUUUUCCUAGUGGAUCAUCAUUCUAUCGCGAUUCGACGGGCUUUUAUGGUGGUCCCGGCAGUCCACCCCCUGUCUCAUCGCCUGUCAUGCCGCCACGAGACAGUGGAGUUCCAGUUAUGCGACCAAGUCCAGCGAGGACGCCUGUGACAGAGCAUGGACCUUUUGGACCUUUUGGACGCGGGAAUACACCACCUCCUCCUUUAACGCCUCCUAGACGGCCUGACCAACUAGGUCGGUCUCAUCCAUCUCAAGAUGGAUCUCAUGGGUCGAGAUUUACCGAAGAGGUCUGA